AUGGUCAGCUAUGUGUCACCGUGCCAAGCUGGUUGCCGUGAAUCACAAGAAAUAAAUGGGAUCCAAGUGUACUCGAACUGCACGUGUGCGGGAGGUGGACGCGUGUUGGAGCGCGCGUGCGGCGACGAGCCGUGUCGGAACGCGAGCUUGAUGCACGGCCUGAUGUUCUACAUGCUCUUCAUGGUCGGAAUUUUAACGCUGCAAGGUCAGGGCGUGCUGUUACUGAAAAUCGUGGACCCUCGCGAUAAGUCCGUGGCGCAAGGCUUGGCUUUUUCUUUCGUCGCUAUCUUGACCUUCGUCGUGGGCCACACAAUUUUCUAUGGACUUCAAAGUGUUUUGCUAAUAUCUAGAAUAUUCCCACUUGUCCUGGGACACAAAGUAUUGACUGACGCGGUGGAAAAUAAUAUGAUCCUUCAAACCGUUGCUCUGUCUAUGGGUUCGUUGUCGAGUUUAGUACAGCUACCUUGCGUUUUAUCGAACAAAGCGCCUGAAGUGAAUGGAUUGCAGAUGGAAGAAUUACCUCUAACAAAUCGUGGUUUAUGGACAAGUAUUAGACGUGUAUUGUAUAACCCAAUAGCAAUAACCCAAAUAUUGGCAAUGGGACUUGUAACGGCCUCUCUAUGGGGAUACGGAUACUAUGAGCUUGAUAUCAUUAAGUAUGCCGGCACUGUUUUUUCAGCCCCUAUACUCAUGGAGUUUUCUAAAUUAAAAGCACUCAAGCAGGCAGCGAUAAUGAGUGUGCUUAUGUUCGUGUUUUACAUAUUAAUAAUAACCGUUCCUAGGUGUGACACAGGAAACGUCGUAGGAGUUGGGAAAAAUUAUUACGGACACCCGGAAUGCAGUCUUGCUUGCCAUUGUAAGCCUCAAUGGGACGAGUUCAAGCCGGUGUGUGCAGUAGACAAUAUGGUGGGCUACGUUUCGCCAUGUCAAGCUGGUUGUCGUGAAUCACAAAAAAUUAACGGGAUACAAGUGUACUCGAACUGCACGUGUGCGCGAGGUGGACGCGUGUUGGAGCGCGCGUGCGGCGACGAGCCUUGUCGGAAAGCCCAUCUGCUGCAUGGCUUGAUGUACAACAUGCUCGUCGCAUUCGCAAUUUUAGUGCUUCAAGCGCAGGGCGUGCUCUUGCUGAAAGUCGUGGAUCCUCGUGAUAAGUCUGUGGCGUUGGGCUUGGCUUGUUCUUUUGUCGCCAUCAUGACCUUUGCUGUGGGACACGCAAUUUUCUAUGGACUUUAUGUACGCACUUGCCGUUGGUUCCAAGGGAAUAAGUGUCAUCUACAGAGCGAAGCUUUUCCUUAUCUUAUUGGCGCCACGUGUGCGUUCCUCAUCCUGACAUCAAUUUUUACUACUGUUACAUCUUGGCAUUUUAUCAAACUAUCAAAUAAGGAUAGAAAUGAAGUUUUUGAAACAAGAUUAUGA